AUGUCUUCCGCUCUCGAACAGCUCAAGGCCACUGGCACUGUCGUGGUUUGCGACUCUGGUGACUUUGCCACCAUUGGCAAGUACAAGCCUCAGGAUGCCACCACCAACCCCUCCUUGAUCCUGGCUGCUUCCAAGAAGCCCGAGUAUGCCAGCCUGAUCGAUGCCGCCGUUGAGAAGGGCAAGAAGGAGGGUAAGACCGUCGACGAGCAGGUCGAUGCCACCCUUGACAACCUCCUCGUUGAGUUCGGCAAGAAGAUCCUCGAGAUCAUCCCCGGCAAGGUCUCCACCGAGGUCGAUGCCCGCUUCUCCUUCGAUACCCAGGCUUCCGUUGACAAGGCCCUUCACAUCAUCAAGCUCUACGAGCAAAGCGGUAUCUCCAAGGACCGUGUCCUGAUUAAGAUCGCCUCCACCUGGGAGGGUAUCAAGGCCGCCCACAUCCUGCAGUCCCAGCACGGCAUCAACUGCAACCUGACCCUCAUGUUCUCCCUCGUCCAGGCCAUCGCUGCCGCUGAGGCCGGUGCCUUCCUCAUCUCUCCCUUCGUUGGCCGUAUCCUGGAUUGGUACAAGGCUGCCCACAAGCGCGAUUACUCCCCCGAGGAGGACCCCGGUGUCAAGUCCGUCGAGAGCAUCUUCAACUACUACAAGAAGUUCGGCUACAAGACCAUCGUCAUGGGUGCUUCCUUCCGUAACACCGGUGAGAUCACAGAGCUGGCUGGCUGUGACUACCUGACCAUCUCGCCCAACCUGCUCGAGGAUCUGUUCAACUCGACCGCCGCUGUCCCCAAGAAGCUCGAUGCCGCCGGCGCCUCCAGCCUGGAUAUUUCCAAGCGCAGCUACCUCAACGACGAGGCUCUCUUCCGCUUCGAUUUCAACGAGGAGGCCAUGGCUGUCGAGAAGCUGCGCGAGGGUAUCUCCAAGUUUGCCGCUGACGCUGUCACCCUGAAGGAGCUCCUCAAGCAGAAGAUCCAGGCUUAA